CAGCGCUGCCCAUCGAUGUCUAGGACUGGAAGCUCCUACGGGAUGGACAAUGCCCAUACAAAGACGGUUGAGGAGGUACUGGGAUACUUCGGUGUCAAUGAGACAACAGGACUGAGCUCUGAGCAAUUAAGGAAAAGCAGGGAAAGAUGGGGCACCAAUGAGUUACCUGCAGAAGAAGGCAAGUCACUAUGGGAACUUGUUCUGGAGCAGUUUGAAGAUCUGCUAGUUCGGAUUCUCCUUCUUGCGGCCUGUAUUUCCUUUACUCUGGCCUGGUUUGAGGAAGGUGAAGGAACCAUCACAGCCUUCGUAGAGCCAUUUGUCAUCCUCCUCAUUCUUAUUGCCAAUGCCAUUGUAGGAGUGUGGCAGGAGCGUAAUGCAGAAAAUGCCAUCGAAGCCCUUAAACAGUAUGAGCCGGAGAUGGGGAAGGUGUACAGACAGGACAGGAAGAGUGUACAAAGGGUCAAAGCCAGGGACAUUGUGCCUGGAGACAUUGUGGAGGUGGCUGUUGGUGAUAAAGUCCCAGCAGAUAUCCGACUGACCUCCAUACGCUCUACUACUCUGAGAGUGGACCAGUCCAUCCUGACAGGGGAGUCUGUAUCCGUAAUAAAACACACAGACCCAGUGCCUGACCCCCGUGCCGUCAACCAGGAUAAGAAAAACAUGCUCUUUUCUGGGACGAAUAUUGCGGCAGGGCGAGCGAUUGGUGUGGUGGUGGCGACAGGUGUACACACAGAGAUUGGGAAGAUCAGAGAUGAGAUGGCAGCCACCGAUCCAGAGAGAACCCCUCUGCAGCAGAAACUAGACCAGUUUGGAGAGCAACUCUCUAAGGUGAUCACAGUGAUCUGUGUGGCGGUGUGGGGCAUUAACAUCGGUCACUUCAGUGACCCAGUGCAUGGAGGCAGCUGGCUGCGUGGAGCUGUGUACUACUUUAAGAUCGCCGUGGCUCUGGCUGUAGCCGCCAUCCCUGAGGGUCUUCCUGCCGUCAUCACCACGUGCCUGGCACUUGGCACGCGCCGCAUGGCCCGCAAAAAUGCUAUAGUCCGUUCCCUCCCAUCUGUAGAGACACUUGGCUGCACCUCUGUGAUCUGCUCUGACAAAACGGGCACUCUUACCACCAACCAGAUGUCUGUCUGCAGGAUGUCUAUUGUGGACAUGGUCGCAGGUGAGAGGUGUUUACUGAACGAGUUUACAAUAACUGGAUCUACUUACGCCCCUGAAGGAGAAGUGUAUAAGGACGGUGUACCGAUACGCUGUAGUCAGUAUGAAGGGCUCGUGGAAAUGGCCUCUAUCUGUGCCCUGUGUAACGACUCUUCGCUGGAUUACAAUGAGAGUAAAGGGGUGUUUGAGAAAGUGGGAGAAGCAACUGAGACGGCACUCUGUUGUCUGGUGGAGAAGAUGAACGUGUUCGACACAGACCUGAAGGGCCUCACACCUGCUGAAAGAGCCACUGCCUGCUGUUCAGUCAUAAAGCAGUUAAUGAGGAAAGAGCUGACUCUGGAGUUUUCUCGAGACAGGAAGUCCAUGUCUGUUUUCUGCUCUCCAAACAAACUCACUCGCUCUGCUUCAGGUGCCAAGAUGUUUGUCAAGGGGGCACCAGAGAGUGUACUGGAGCGUUGCCGCUGGAUACGGGUUGGAGGUGGUGCACGGGUGCCACUGACCUCUGACCUCAGAGAGCAGCUCUUAAGCACAGUAAGAGAGUGGGGCUCGGGACGUGAUACACUACGCUGCCUCGCCAUGGCAACCAGGGAUUCACCCCCUGACCCUCGAACCCUGAACUUGGAGAACUCUGCUGGCUUCAUAGACUAUGAGUCGGACUUGACAUUCGUGGGGUGUGUGGGAAUGUUAGAUCCACCAAGGAAGGAAGUGCUGAGUGCAGUGCGUAUGUGCAGACAGGCUGGCAUACGGGUCAUUAUGAUCACAGGCGACAAUAAGGCCACUGCCCUGUCUAUUUGUCGUCGAGUGGGCAUCAUCACUGAGCAGGAGGAAGAGGAGGCUGAAAGUGGUCCGUAUGGCAGCGGCCUCACAGGACGUGAGUUUGAUGAGCUGCCUACCCACCUGCAGCGAGAGGCCUGCCGCACUGCCCGCUGUUUCGCCCGCGUCGAGCCAACGCACAAGAGCCGCAUUGUAGAAUAUUUGCAAAGCCUAAGCGAUAUCACAGCUAUGACUGGUGAUGGUGUAAAUGAUGCCCCUGCUUUGAAGAAGGCUGAGAUUGGCAUUGCUAUGGGCUCAGGCACGGCCGUGGCUAAAUCUGCUUCAGAGAUGAUCUUGGCCGACGAUAACUUUUCAACCAUUGUGGCCGCAGUGGAGGAGGGUCGAGCCAUUUACAACAACAUGAAGCAGUUCAUCCGUUACCUUAUUUCUUCUAACAUUGGAGAGGUAGUCUGUAUUUUCCUCACAGCUGCUUUGGGAAUGCCUGAGGCUUUGAUCCCAGUCCAGUUGCUGUGGGUCAAUCUGGUGACGGAUGGCUUCCCAGCUACUGCUCUUGGCUUCAACCCCCCUGACCUGGAUAUCAUGUCACGUCCCCCACGCUCCCCUAAAGAACCACUCAUUUCUGGUUGGCUCUUCUGCAGAUACCUCAUCAUUGGCUGUUAUGUAGGGGCAGCAACAGUUGGAGCUGCUGCCUGGUGGUUCAUGGCAGCUCAUGAUGGACCAAAGCUCAACUACUACCAACUGUCCCACUAUCUGCAGUGCAGUGAAGGUCAUGCUGAGUUUGCAGGAGUGCAGUGCUCCGUGUUCGAGUCUCCAUACCCCAUGACUAUGGCCCUGUCUGUGCUGGUCACUAUAGAGAUGUGCAAUGCCCUCAACAGUUUGUCCGAAAAUCAGUCUCUACUCAAGAUGCCACCGUGGUCAAACCCCUGGCUGGUGGGAGCCAUCUGUCUCUCCAUGGCCCUACACUUCCUCAUCUUAUAUGUGGACCCUCUUCCUUUCAUAUUUCAGAUCAGACCAUUAUCUUGGCCUCAGUGGGUGACUGUUCUGAAGAUGUCUCUGCCUGUUAUUUUGAUGGAUGAAGCCCUGAAGUUCUUGGCCAGAAACUACAUUGAGCCUGGCAACGAGUUGCUGGAGGAGGACGGAAAUGUGGCCAGGGGGGUGAUUGGCAAACUGCAGCAGGCAUUUAGGGGUGUAUCCUGGUCAUUUGUGCUCAUCUCUGCCCCAUUGCUGGUCUGGAUCUUCAGCCUGGACUCAGACAUAACCAAUAUCUUCUGGGAUUAGAAGGAAGGAGUGUGGAUGUG